UUUUAUCAAUAAAUAAUUAGCCACUUUUGUUUGUGUAUGAGUGUAUUGAUAUGUCACUACAGCCUUCACACAGGCAUCUCAACGUUUGUUUGGUUGUUCUGACUCAAUUUAUCGUCACUGUAUAGCGAUAAUAAGGCCUUCCCAUUUUGACUCAACGUUCCAACCGAAACACUAUGUGUAACACUGGUUAGGCUUGAAAGCAGCUUGGUCCAUAAAUCGAGUAUUAAGCACCAUCUUUGCUUUUCAAGUGACGAAACUAAAGCAAAAUCAAAACAAAGAAAAAAAACUGUUAGUGACUAAUAGGUUGCUGAACCCGUAACAGCAUUUAGGUGCUUUAAGUAUCAGCAUGGUGGAUUGUGCCUAUUCCUGGAAAAACGUAAUAUCCCUCGAGGUAAUAAAAUAUCACCUUAAAGUGCAUCCAAAGCGUCAAAAAUUUUUCCUUGACCUUUAUCUGACGAAAAAUAUAUAGACAUAAAUAUUCUAGUGAACCAGAUAAAGUUCGGGUAAGAUGUGAACCUGAUUUAAACAUUUUCACAGAACUCAAGUUGUGAGACAGAAACAAAUCUUGAAGCAAUGUCUAAUUGGAAACAAAGUUCUACAGCUAAUGGAAGCUAUACAUUAUCUAGAGAAAAUAACCAUUCAACACAUAAAGAUAUUAAGAGAAAAAGGUCUUUAGAACUGACUUUCGAUACUACAUCUGGUUUCGCAACAGAAAUUGGGAAGAUUAGUAGUCAAGAUGGUUCAAUCAAAUGGUCUCAUAUCAAGAAUAAGUUUGAACUAGGACAUGCUUCUUCAAAAUCAACAAAUUUUGGAGUCUUUAAAGAAGUGGAUAAUCUUUCUAUGAGCCAACCUCGUCGUGAAAGUUCAGAAAAUUCUUUGAGGGCCUCAGAAAAUCUCGAAAAGAGUUCUCAAAAUGGCAAUAAAAAAUUUGAAAGUUCUAACAUAACACUUAAUAAAAACUUUUACAAUAAAGAAACAUCUAAAAAGUUAAGCAAAACAGAUAACUGUAAUUUUCUUCAGUUAUUCGACAAACAAUUGUAUAAAGAUACUGCGUCAUAUAGUAACCAUGUCUAUCAUCCCACCGAGAUUCGAGGACCUGGCAGCAACUCGAUUUCAAGGUCAGAUAAUAAGAAGGAUUCUAAUAAAACAGCACAAGCUUCUUGUAAGCCAUUCAGUAAUUCUUCCACUACUAAUCAUUGUAAAUUGUACUCUUCCAGAAAAGUCUAUGAUAAUUUAAAAGCCAACAAAACUGCACAAAUUUUAUAUCCAAAUGUACGAAACUCCCUCGUCUGUAAUGAUAGAACUGAUAUUACUAGCAAUAAUAGGAUUCUUGAAACAGGUUUUUCAUCACUUACAGAAAGUACUGCUGGACAUGCCAAAACAGAGGUAAUAAAGAAUUCUAUAAACUAUUAUAAAAAAGACUAUUGGGAUAACUGUAGAAUAUCAAAAUUUUCCACCAUGCCUGUUUCACGAACAUUUAAUAUUUCAGAAAAAUCUAAAGUUUCCCAAUUAAAAGAAAAGUUUGACCAUCAAUCUGAGAAGUUUCAUAAUGAUAAAAAGACAGGCACUGAACUGAGCAAUAACACAGUUUUGAAACGAGAUAAAACAGCAUGUGGAAACCACAAAAACAGUACCAGACCAAAUUCAUCGCCAUUAUUUGAAAGAACUUCAAAACACUCUGAAAUAUCAACCAAUAAACACGUAUUUAGAUGUUCCGGAGAUCCAUGUGCACUUGAAACUGAUAAACAAUUAGCUACUAGUAUUCCGAAGCCUCAGACAUCAUUAGUGAAACAAUUCAUUAAAAUCUUUGAACAAUAUCUUGAUAUAUCUCCUGAAAGUUUAGAAAGAUCAAAACAAGAGUGUUCAGAUGUGCACAGUACAUCAGUAAAAUUCACAGAAGAGUAUGCUUUUCAAAAUUUUACGUGGAGUAGCAAACCAGAAAAUAGAAAUUUAAGAAAUUUUCAAAACUCCAAUGCAUCUGUAUGUGAUAAUUCUAAAAAUGAAAGAAUAAAUACACAACCCCCAAGCACUAGGAAGGAAAUGAAUUUUGAAAAAUGCCAAGAAAGACCUAGUAGACCAAAAAGCUUAACAGAAUCUAAUUCCUAUGUAAAAUCUCAAGUUGCAAAUUUUGAACAACUGACUAAAAAUCAACUGACAGUUCAAAAUAAAGAUGGAAAUUUGUCAAUAUAUUCUACUCUUAAAUUAGAUGAAGAUGAGAAGUUUAUACAAUACAGGUAUUCUACUGGCAAAUUGAAUGAAUACCUUCAUAAUCUUGGUUUAAAUAUAACAGGUAAACCUAGUAAUGAGAUAAAUACUUUUAAUGGACAAGAAAAUGGCCCAGAAAACAAGUCCGAGGACAGAGCAAAUGAAAUUUCAAAAAACCAAGACAAAAAAGAAAUCGUUGAAAUAAAACCAAAAAACCGACAAGUAAAGAGUUUUAUACAUAGGUGGCCUUUGUUGGACAGUAAUCAUCCCUAUAUAAAUACAAAGAAGCAGUUGAAAUCUGAUCUCAACUGCACGGAAGCAGUAAACAUUGAGAUGAUUCCCGAGGAGCAGUCGAUUGAAGAUUUGAGUGACAGUUAUUUUAAGAAUGAAGAAGAAAGUUUAAAAUCCUUGGAAAUCAGUUUAGAUUGUCUUUCAGGCUCACCUGGAUGUGAAGGACCAUACAAUGAGUUUUUUGAGUGCAAUAGUUUAGUCAGCACUGAAGAUGGUUUCUCUGAUGUCAGUGAUUCAGAAAGUUGUGAUUAUAGUAGUAACAAAGACACUUGGCUGAGAAGAAAAGAGAAAGCUUCUGUCAACAGUAAAAGGCCGUAUAGUAAUAUGAGAUUGGAGGUGAAAGUGGAAAACCAUGUGUACCAGAACACUUCAAUGAUGGACAUAGUACCAGUAGAUGAUGAUGAAGCAUUUAAAAAAACUGCUGAAUCAGAGCAUAUCUAUGAAUCUGUGUGUUUCAAAGAUUCAUCGAAUCAUGACCAGCCAGAUUCUUUUGACUCUGGAAUAUGCCUGGAAGAAAGUAAACUUCCAGCUUCUAUCAGGACUGGGCAAGUUCCCGAGUCUCAGCAUUAUCGGGUGGAGAACCAGAUUCUUAAGACAUCGGAUACCCAAUUGGUCAUGCCAUCUUGUACAGAGAUAAACCCAGAAGCAUCAAGUCUUGGAAAUGUGGUUAAUUCAAGUACUCAGAAAUCAAGUAGGAAACACUCACUCACAAAGAUGCUGUUUCAGAGGGCAAAAGGUCGUCUUUUUUCUUGGAAAGAGAAUUCUCUAACGAGGAAAGAAGGAUCUAGUUUUUAUAUACCAUAUACCUUAGAAUAUACGCAAGCAUCUCCUCAACAGAGAUCUUUACCACCUCUUCCUUGCGUCUCAACUCCUCCAGAUGUGACGUCUGCUCUUUGUUCUUCACCAAAGAGCAAAGCAUGUGAACAAAUGGACAGUGUAUCAGAAAAAAUCAUUGUCUUGCAAGCCAAUGCAAUAAAGACAGGACAAUCUCAAAUCCAAAAGCCGUAUUCAAGAGCUGAAAACUCUACAGUGAAGUCAUGUAUGGAAUCAGAAUCCCUCUUAGAGUCUGUCAUGUCAUCCAUAGAAUGGAAUCCAUACCUUAGGUUCUCAAUAGAUAACUCUAAGUUAUCUGAUUCAAGACAAAGUGGUAUACUUAUGAAUAACACAUGUGAUUCAUCUGCAUCUUUUGCUGCUACUGAUCCUAAGAGCUUAGAAGAUGGUGUGAUGGAUGAUAAUGGUUUCAAAGUGAGGAAGCAGUUAAAUACUUUGAACAUAUACAGUAAUCUUUGCAGCCUCACACCAAACACUAAGAUGUCAGACUUGAACUCUUGUGGGUCUCCUCCACAACCCAAAAUUUGCCUAAAACAGAUGUCAUUGGAGGGUAAAAGGACUUUGUGGGAAGAUAUUCCUGAGGUCAGGAACAGUGGUCUUCUUGAGACAAUGACAUCACAGCAGAUUCAACAACAAGAAGCAUUGUUUGAAAUCAUCACUUCAGAAGCUUCUUAUCUCAGAAGCUUAGAUAUCCUUGUGGAACAUUUUAUUAAUUGUCCAGAGCUCACAAACCAGUCCUCGGCCGACUGUAUUCUGGAACAAAUGGAAAUAGAAACGCUAUUUUCAGACAUCUUACCCAUCAGAAUAGUUAGUCAAAGAUUGCUGGCCGAGUUGGAAGCAAGGUUGAGUAAAAGUCUUCUUGUACCCAACAUCUGUGAUAUUUUGCACAACUAUGCAUUAAAUCAUUUCUCAAUAUAUAUCAAGUACUGCUCCAACAAAAUCUGUCAAGAAAUGAUGCUUUACUCAUUAAGGCAAAAUAAGCCAGAAUUUGAAAUGUUGUUACAAACGCUUGAGUCAAAUCCAGUUUGCCAGAACCUCAACAUGAAUUCAUUCCUUAUUUUGCCAAUGCAGCGAAUUACUCGUUUCCCGUUAUUAGUUAAAGCAGUAUGUGACAGACUUCCAACAGACUCUCCAGGCUUCAAAGUCUCCAAAUUGGCCCUAAAAGCUAUGAAUAAGGUCGUAAAAGACUGCAAUGAAGGGGCUAAAGUAAUGGAGAAGACAAUGGAAAUGUUAUGUUUAAGUCAUCAGUUAGAAUUCAAGAAUUGUAAUAGUUUUACACUGAUCUCAGCUUCUCGCUGGUUGGUAAAAAAAGGAGAAGUUAUCAGGUUGUUGCCAGAUGAAACCACAAAAUACACGUUUGGCCGUACAACUCGUUGUACUAGAGUUCCCAUUUAUUUGUUCCUGUUUACAGAUCUUCUUCUCUUGACCAAGAAGAAUAGUGAGAAAAACUACACUGUGAUAGAUUACUGCCCAAGAAAGUUUGUGCAAACAGUACUUCUAGAUCGGUCUCUAAAACCAAAUGUUCCGGCCCAUGUUGAAGACUGUAAGAAGGCGUUUCUGUUAAUAAUGUUAAAUAAUCAUAAAGGGAAAACAAAAGAAAUGAUCUUGAGCUGUUCGUCAAAAAGUGAACGUGCUUGUUGGGUGAAGACACUUAAUUCAGCCGCUUCAGAAAAUUCCUCUGAAAAUAUUUAUGAAUAUUUGGGGAAGCAUUAACGUGAUUUUGUACAGUGCAUUCUAAACUGUCAGUUCUUAACAGUUUUUUAUUAUUAUAAAAUAUGUAUAUUUAUUCACCCACUCACAUGUGAUAUAUUGAAUUUGUAAUUCUUUCUGUUAAUGUGAUAAUUGUUUUGGAAAGUAAAAGCUGAUAAGUUUUAAAGUGAUUGACAAUGCUACAUUAUAUAAAGACAUAUCUCAGGUCUCGUAUAAACAGGAAUCAUGAAAUUUUAUUGUGUAAAUAGGACUGUCAGUUUUAAAUUGCUAAUGAAUGAUAUAUCAAAUAUUUUGUUUCAACAUCUGCAAGUGGAAUAAUUUAUGACUAUAACUAAUAUUUUUUACUGUAAUUAUCACACUGUGUUAACUAAAAUAAAAGUAAAAUAAACACUGUAUUAACUGAA